AUGGCAACUAAUAUUUGUUCAACUCAUCCUAUGCCUAUGUUGGUUAUUGAUGAUUGUUCAUCAGAAGAAAAUGAAGAAGUAAUCAAAACAAUAACAACAACAUCAUCAUCGUCGAGAAAAAAAUCUGUAUCACGCUCUUUAAGUUUACCAAAUCAUGGGGAAGCCUAUAAAGAUUUAUCUGGUACUAUUCAUUAUUCGUCGUCAUCAAAUCGCUUGAAAAAUUUCUUUACUCGUUCACAUUCAUAUCCAACAAGUUUUCUUUCCCAUGACAAAUCAUUUUAUUUUCAAUCAUUUUCCAAUAAAAUCCAUAUGAUUAUUAAUUUACUUGAUCCAAAUAAUGGUAUUCAUUCUCCUGGUGGUUCAUCGUCACGUUAUUCAUUAUAUGAAAGUUGUUUUGAUCUUUCAGAAAGUGGAUACCAUUCACCGUAUUCUAAAGCAGACAAUCGAUUAAUAACUAAUGAUGGAUGUUUACUUUUAACUGUUGAUAAAUCAUCGAAAUUAUCAACGAAUACAUAUCAAGAAAAAUGUAAUGAUUGGCUUAGUCAGCUUGACAUUAUAUAA